CCCUUCCGCUCCGGCGGCCCUAGUGCCCGCGGUCGGGGGCGGCGGGAGGCAGGGCGCUGGGGGCUUUACGGGCAUGGCCGCCGCGGGCUCCCUCAAGGCGGCGCUGCGGGUGGCGGAGGUGCUGGAAACCAUCGUGAGCUGCUGCGUGGGGCCCGAGGGACGGCAGGUUUUGUGUACGAAGCCCACCGGCGAGGUGCUGCUCAGCCGGGAUGGAGGCCGCCUCCUGGAGGCACUGCACUUGGAGCACCCUGUGGCCAGGAUGAUGGUGGCAUGUGUUUCCAGUCAUCUAAGAAUAACAGGAGACGGUGCUAAAACGUUUAUUAUCUUUCUUUGCCAUUUACUCAGAGGAUUUCAUGCCAUCACAGGCAAAGAAAAGGAUUCUUUGAUUUCCAAAAACAUUCAAACCCAUGAAAGGCAUUGGAAAAAUUGUUGUCAGUGGAAAUUUAUUUCCCAAGCUCUUCUCACGUUUCAGGCCCACGUACUAGACUAUGUUAUGGACCAAUAUGUAAGUAAACACUUCCUCUCCAUCUUUUCUGUAUCCACUAAGGAGAGAACAUUGUGUAGGAGCUCUUUGGGGUUGCUCUUAGAAUCAUACUUUUGUGGAAGAGUGGGAAGAAAUAAUGACAGCUUCAUUUCACAGUUGACGUGUGACUUCUGUUGCAAGUGUACAGCUCGUGAGACCGAGUUUGCGGAGGUACUGGAGUUAGUGGAGGACUGUUCCGCGGAGCUGAGUGUCGGCGUCACCGGCCUUCCGGUUUCCGCUUCCAGGGUCGUAGCUGGGCUUGUGCUUCACAGAGAGUUUUCCGUGUACUGCCCAACAGAUGGUGACAUAAGAAUGGUGAUGAUAACCGAAGCCAUUCAGCCUCUUUUUUCAACUUCUGGAUCAGAGUUUAUUAUAAAUUCAGAAGCACAGUUUACCACAUCACAGUUUUGGAUUAUGGAGAGGACAAAAGCAAUAAUGAAACGUUUACAGAGUCAGAAUGUAAAAUUGCUCCUGUCUAGUGUGAAACAACCAGACUUGGUUAUUUAUUAUGCAGGACUGAAUGGCAUAUCUGUGGUGGAGUGUUUAUCAUCUGAAGAAGUUUCUUUUAUCCAGAGGGUCACUGGUCUUUCUCCCUUUGUGCUACCACUGGCCUCCUCUCGUGAUGAAAUGUCUGACAUUGCUUUGGUAAAAUUUUGUAAACCUCUCACCCUUAGGUCCAGAAGGUAUGUUCACCUUGGCUUGAUUAGCACAUGCUCGUUUAUGCCACACUGUAUAGUUCUGUGUGCACCAGUGCAGGGCCUUAUUGAGCAACAGGAGCAUGCUUUGCAUGGAGCAUUUAAAAUGCUUCGUCAGUUAUUUAAAGACCUUGGUCUAAGUUACAUGACACGAGCCAGUGACCAAAAUUAUACACCAAGUCCUUCUAUUUACAAGAAUAGUAAAGAAAGUAAUCAGUUACCAGAAACUGUUAAUGGCUCAAUACAAAGGCCAUAUCAGGACAGAGUUGUAAAGAACAAAGAUGAACUGGCAGAAGCACAAACAUAUUUAAAAGUAGAUUCAAAUUCGGUAGUUCCAAAUGUAGCGUUAGAAACACGCAGUCUGUGUUCCACAUCACAAAUGACACCAACAGAUACAUCCCAGACAGAUGAAACACUGAAAUGUUUAUCUCCAAACAAAACCGGGAUAAUUGAUGACCAUGAACCAUUUAUUGAGAGUAAUUAUGCAAAUUCAACAACAAAAAAUACUAGAGUAGAAAUUUCUUAUGAAAACUUACAGGUCACAAAAACUGCUGGAAAGAGGAGCGUAUUACCUGAGGAAUAUAAGUCGUCAGAGAUGCGUCCUUCCCACAGUCACUGUUUCUCAUCAAUACCAGCAGGUUGUGUUUUGCCAGUGGGUAAUUUUGAGAUCUUGUUACAUUACUAUCUUCUCAACUAUGCCAAAAAAUGCCAGCAAUCACAAGACACCAUGGUUAGUAUGUUAAUAGCUAAUGCACUUUUAGGCAUUCCCAAACUCCUGUGUAAGUCCAAGAGAGGAAAUUGCAGUUUCCCACAGUCGUACAUAAAAGCCGUCCAGGCCCUGCAAGCCGAUCAGCACAUGGUAAGCAGUCAGGCAGGUUUGGAGUCGGUAACUGGGAAAUAUCAGUUAAUAACUUCAGUUCUUCAGUGUUUGGCAAAAAUUUUAGCCAUUGAUUUGGUGAUCAAGAUUAAGAGACAGCCUCAGGAAAUGUAUGAUCAAGAUUCAGAAGAGGAACUAUAAAUUUGGAAGUUUUUUAGUAACAAAGUUUUAAUCCAAUUUGGGCCAUAAACUAAAGCAGGCAUGUGGCCACAGGUUCUCAAGUCAGGCCAGUCUAGUUAGGGAAACAUGAUUUAAAAAGUCAUUAGAAGAAGUACACUCAGAGGCCAGCAGACAUCCGGACACCAAUGUUAGACCUACAUUCCAGCACAGUUGUGAGGAGGAAGCCCUCCCUGAUGAGGUCCGCAUGUGUCUGUCCCCUCCUGAAGGUCACUGUGUCAGCUCCAUGUUAGUCGCGGUGUUGGGGGGAGGGCGUUUCUGAAUAGUUCUUUCAUUUUACUUAUCUAUAUAUUUUUUUUACUCUCUUCAUCUCCUGCUCCGCCUUUCCGUUUUUAGGUCAUAGAAUGAUUAAAUCUGAGAUUCGGAUGGGGUCUUAUAUACCAUCCUAUUUUAAUUGUUUAUAAUAUUAAAACAUACUCUUUGCUGUGUUUAAAAUAAUUUAUUUUUCUUACUCAUAAUUUUUAAAGCAAUGAGUAAAAAGUCUCAAUUUUUUUUCUCAAAAAGCAUAUAAAUUACUUUCUAUUUAUAUAUGGCCCCUUAUUUAUUUCCAUGUCAUGUGGAGAUUUCUUUUUAGCAUUUGUACACCAUUGAUUAUGUUGCCAGAAAUGUGAUUUUGUGCAGUAUGUCUAUUUUUAUUUCUGUAGUUAAAAGUUAAUUCCAGAAAGGAUGUGAAAUCAUUUUCUCCUGUCCCCUAAGAGCUUGAGAAAAAAAAAAUCAUGUAUUUGCUGGUUUUUCUUGUAUUUGGUGCGUAGCCAGAGUUCAGUAACAAAUAUUUUGAAAAUUGUUUAUUUCUAGUGUGUAUUUUAAUAUGCUUACAUUUUAUUUUAAAGGUUUAUAAAUGCAAAUAAUACUGUACGUCUAGUCACGGAUAAGGACAGUGUCUUCUAUUAGUAGCUCUGUUACGCCCAAAGCUGUUUAUACCAAGUGUUGAGAAUGCUUGUGGAAUUAAACUGUUACCUUUAAUCUACUAAA